GAGGGUACACUUUCACUCUUCUCGUCAGACUCUGUCGCAAGUGUUUUGAGUUAAGAAAAUGGCUUCGUUUGCUACCACGGAGUGUUUCCUUCCCCUCCAACAAUCAUUUCUCGCACCCACGCAUCACCGGCAGGGCAAUGGCACGAGCAGUACCGUCGUGCUUCUUCCACGCGCCGCUCCUGCUCCUCACCACUCCAAGUCCCUCUCCUUUUCCUUUUCGUCGCAAGGAACGAAUUCCUGCAUUGCUGUUGGGAGGAAGGACCGAUCGUCCUUUGCACAAACGGCCGCCGUUCGGUAUCUGAUGGGUUCCGUCACCCGAACUCAGGGUCUUCGAUUUGCUGUGGUUGUGGCGCGGUUUAAUGAGAUUGUGACAAAGCAGCUGUUAGAGGGAGCUUUGGGCACUUUCAGGAAUUAUUCGGUUAAAGACGAGGACAUUGAUGUUGUAUGGGUUCCUGGUAGUUUCGAAAUUGGUGCUGUUGCAGAAAGGCUAGGGAAGUCAGGAAAAUAUCAUGCAAUUUUAUGUAUUGGAGCGGUGAUUAGAGGUGAUACUUCCCACUAUGACGCAGUUGCUAAUUCAGCAGCAUCGGGAGUUCUUUCGGCAGGUUUAAAUUCAGGUUGGUCUAUGUUUUGUGUUGGUGGCUGAACUGAUUUCAUUAUA